GUGGGUUUUGAAAUGCUGCAGGUGCUGGGGUUUUGGUGUUUUGGGGCUUUUUUUUCAGCGUUUGAAAAACAGUCACUUACAGAGCACUUCUAAAUAAACGCUAACGUCUUUGCAUCUCUCCCAGUUGCAGCGUGAAGAAAGAUAUUUACGGUGCUUGCCUACCCACCCUAUGAACAAACAGGAUGCUCACCAGAACCCCAGGUGUUGUUGCCCAAGCGUUCCUUCUUCUAAGCAUAGUUCUUGUCAUUGCUAUUGCAGUGAUUCAGAUAAAUCAGCAACAGAUCCUCUCCCCAGGGCUUAAGUAUGGAAUAGUCCUUGAUGCUGGAUCCUCUCGGACUACAGUCUAUGUCUAUGAAUGGCCAGCAGAAAAAGAAAAUGACACGGGAGUGGUAAGCCAAACCUUCAAGUGCAACGUGAAAGGCCCUGGUAUCUCUAGCUAUGAGAGUAACCCUGGAGCUCUUGUCAAACCCUUUGAUGACUGUCUGAAUAAAGUCAAGGAGAGAAUACCAGUUCAUCUGCAUAAAAACACUUCUGUUUAUCUGGGGGCUACAGCUGGCAUGAGACUACUGAGGUUGCAAAAUGAAACGGCAGCCAAUGAAGUCCUUGCAAGCAUUCAAAGCUACUUCAGAGCACAACCUUUUGAAUUUAGGGGUGCUCAAAUCAUAACUGGGCCAGAGGAAGGGGUGUAUGGAUGGAUAACAGCCAACUAUUUAAUGGGCAAUUUCUUAGAGAGAAACCUUUGGAGGACAUGGGUCCAUCCUUAUGGAAAAGAAACUAUGGGUGCGCUGGACCUUGGAGGAGCUUCCACUCAAAUUUCAUUUAUCUCGGAGGAGCCUCAGGAGAACUUCAAUAGCACCUUGCAAGUGAAGUUGUACGGUUACAGCUACAAUGUCUACACUCACAGCUUCCAGUGCUAUGGGAGAGAUGAAGCUGAGAAAAGGCUUUUAGCAUUGCUGCUCCAGAAAUCAAACACCAGUUCCAAUGUAGGUAAUCCAUGUUACCCUCAGAAUUACAGUACUGCAUUAACGAUGAAGUACUUCUCUGGCAGCCUUUGUACACAGUCUCUGAGACCAGCAAAUUACUACCCAAACCAGCUUGUGAACUUCCAUGGAACAGGAGACCCAGGUCUGUGCCAGGAGAUGGUUUCUUUAUUGUUUAACUUCACUGCUUGUAGAGAUGGAGAAGACUGUCCAUUUAAUGGAAUACAUCAGCCAAAAGUUAAAGGCAGUUUUGUGGCUUUCUCAGGAUUCUACUAUACAAUUAAUGCUUUGAAUUUAUCUGGGCACUUUUCCCUAGCUGACUUCAAUUCAAGUAUGUGGUUUUUGUGUUCACAGAGCUGGGCACAGCUCCAGUUUAUGCUGCCUAAAUUUGAAGAAACAUAUGCGAGAUCCUACUGUUUUUCAGCCAGUUUCAUUUAUUACUUGCUUGUACAUGGUUACAACUUUGAUGCAGAAACUUGGCCACAGAUACGUUUUCAAAAGGAGGUGGGUAACAGCAGUAUAGCAUGGUCACUUGGUUACAUGUUAAGCCUCACGAACAUGAUUCCAGCAGAAGGCAAGCUGAUCCAAGUACCUCUGAAACCUGCUUUGUUCACUGGGCUCCUCAUCUUCCUCACAGCAACGGCAUUGUUGUGUCUUCUCUUCCUUGUUUACUUGUGUAUUGUUUCACGUAAUCGGAAGAACAUGAGUCGUGUUGAACAUGUAUUUAUUCCAGAAUGAAUGAACUUCACUGAAGACAAAAAAAAUUUUAUAGUUUUAUUAAGUUAAGUAGGACUUUAUUUUUGAAAAAUGGAAGACGAGAAAAAGACAGGCAAAAAGACUUCAGGAUCAGAAGCAUAUAAACAGAAGAGACACAAAGGAAUGUUUAAUAUGUUGAAUUGGAGUGGUUUUGAAAUAUUUUGGUAAUUGUUUCCAUACAACCAGUUUGUCCAGGGUGCAGCAGAGAAAACAUGGACAGAUAUGUCACUUUGCUUGAUAAGGGAUUAAUAGGCUUUUCCUAUCAGGUACGUAUUAUUUAUUUGUUCGUUAACCCUGCGCUACCUGGUAAACUCAAGUGGUGAUGGAUUUGAUCAUGGUGGAGGUUGUUUAAGAUAAAAUUAAACAAGUCAGUAGGAACUGUGAGAGGCAAGAACAUGGUAGCUGUUCCUGUGUGCAGUGCUGACACUAAAAGCCCGCAAAUAAUCUGAUUUCUGAAACUGGAACAAGCACUGGGUAAUGACAGGAACUGAGAGGAACAGCUGGGAUAGAAUUGUUUCUAUUGCUGUUCCAAACUGAUUGAUCCCCACCACAUAAAGGUGUAAUAAACUACCAACAUUUCUCAGGGCUUUCAAGCCUGUCUAAAACAGCUGUAUCAUUUGGUACUACGGAGAUCUUGGAAUGCCUCUGCUGUGGUAUGUAAGAUUUGCUUUGAAGGUGGAACAAAAUGCUUUCAUACUUUAGUAACUGAAACUAAAUUUGAAUGUCUCAUAGUUACCUCCAGAACCCACUGGAGUUUUCAGUGUCCUUUUCUCUAACUUCCACAGAAACACUUCCUGUAGGUUCUCAUACUGAAACACGGACUUGUACUCCCUGUGUAUUGUCGAUGUCGGACAGUGGCAGUCAGUACUGACCUCUCAUGUACAUAUUAUUUCAACUGUCUGGAUAGAGUCUUAGACCUGGGACCUUUUGAAGCAUUGACAUGUUAAGCCCUUCAUUCAAGGCCAGGAGGAAUAGGAGUCAGUCUGCAGGCCAGCAGAACACCCUUUCUGUAGUGGGUUUGGGAACACAUUGCUGGAGCUGCAGUCCAUGGCUGUAAUGCCUUGAUCAGCCUUUCCACUGUCCUGGCCUCGGUGUUCCUUCAGCAGCACUAAGAUCUACCUAGCAGAUGCUUCUGUCUAGCACAUUAACUCCAGAGCUUUCCUGGAAGUGCUGCUCCAAAGAGCUGACUUCCUUGAAAGCCCAGGCAUUCUUCCCCAAACCCUUCAUUCCCUUAAAAUGUAAGACUACAGUUUUACCCACUGCUCAAGGAGUCUCCCUUUUACCUGUCUGUCUUUUGUAUAGCUUUGGUCUUCAGCUGGCUUCUGAAAUAACCCUUGAAAUAACCCUGCCACAUCAUCUGCCAUCUCUUCCCUUUGUGCACCCUUUCUGUUAAUUCCUCUUAAUAUUGCUGUAACGUGAUCUGUGAAGCUGCAGGGGGAAUACAUCUUGAAGGGUCUAGGAGUUAGCAGAAAGAAGGGAUUGUUGUACUCUUCAGAACCUGCAAGAGGAGAAAAGAGUAUCUCAGCUUCACUUCCCUCCUCCUCUUCUACCAGGAGGCUGCCCAGAUUCAGUACCUACAUGGAGCUCCAUAUUUCUCCAAACGUCCUGCAAAUAGCUGCUGCCAAUCACUUUAAUACAUUCCUCCCUCUCCAUCUUCUCAGGACUGCUUCCCUCUGUGUGUAGUUUCCCUUGCACCUUUCCUCUCUGAAGGGAUGGUUACUCAUUUCAUGCACGGAGUUUUCCAGUGUGAGAAAGUAAUAACUAAAAGGAGAUUACUAUAUCCAACAUCUGUUGCUAAGAAGCUAAAGCCUGUGAGACUGCCUGAGUAGUGGUUUUCACACAGGUGUUUUGCAUGUAAGAGAUCUACUUGAUGUAUAUGCUCAAAAGUCAAUAUUGGGUUAUGAAUUCCAAUGGCACAUAACGUGUUUUCUAUCCCUGUAUUGAUUAGGUUGUGAGGCAGGAGAACAGUGGCCAGUGUUUUUACCCAUGAAUUAUAUUUUCAGUUUCUGUCUUUUGUUUCUGUAUCACCUUUGCACUUUCAGGUUUGGUUAUGGGGUUGGGGUUUUGUUUUCUUUUUUCGCAGGCUGAUAGAUGAUUUGAAAGAAACUAAUUUAUUUUUUUUUUUCCUAUUUAAAAAGUUAGUGAUUUUUUUCAAGAGGAGCAGCAGUGAGGGCUUUGUCCCUUAUCUGUUGGUAUAUUGCUAUGUCCCUUCAGUCUUACUGGAGUAGCAGUACUUAAAAUAAGGCAGAAGGUAUUACAAGGUGAUGGAGUGUUCUGUGACUCCCAGGUUAUUUCUGAUAAAACGUAAGAUUUAUUUCACAAUGCAUGGACAUUACAGAGGAUGGCAUCAGAGAAAAGCCUUACUUUAUUUUGUGUGGUUGAUCUGGAAAUGCAGUGAAGGGUAAAAAAGACACCAUUAAAACUUUUUUUCCAGCAGCUAAAUUUCUGCUGAAAAUUUUAUUCUGUGAUACUUACUUGCCAUACAAAACCUUUACUUUGCUUGUGAAGGGCAGGUCCACUCGUGUGUGAUUUUGCACAAAUGGAACACACGUGGAAGUUAUUCUCCUUACAGUUGGCAGCUAAAGAACAAGUACAUUUGUUCAAGAAUCGUUUGGACUUCCAGAUAUACUUGGAUAGAUUGAGUAUCUAUUCAAAGAAUGACCUCCCUCCAUUAAUCACCUUCUGUUUCCCUUUUUCAGUAUUUCCCUCUUAAUCCUAUGUCUAUAACCUCCAUCCUGUAUCACCAGGAUACCCACCUCUUCAGCCUUACCUCUCCCACCAGUUCCAGCAGGGCAAGCUGGAACUAUUGCACUUCUAGCCAGGCAAGCUUCACUGCCACAGCUUACAGCUUCUUCUAAGCCAGCACCAUGGCUGCAGUUCAGGAGUCCAGUAAAAAACCAGCUGGCUGGGAAUGGCAGCCAGCUUAGCUGCCCUGGUCUGUAGUGGUUGCUCCAGGAGGGGAGGGGAGGCGAGGCAAUGGGGAUGGUAAUGCUGUCUGUAACCAUAGCUAGAUCCUCCCCCAAGGGAGAGUGGAACCAGACUAAGGGUGUAAUGUCCUGUCAGCUAGAACUGAACAGACAGUGGGAGUGUGUACAAACUUUAGGUUAUUUAUCUUUUUAUACUCUUUACUCUCUCCUUAUGAAGAAUA